GUUCCAGUUUGACGUUUGCACGGGCAGGUGGCAAAUCGCGAGUGAUCCGCGCUGUUCUUCGUUUCGAUAAUUUUUUCUUUUUGAUUUUUUCUCGUGCGCGUUUUUCUCCGGAUUAUUUUGUCCAGUCCAGUUCCUGCCAACGGAACCCUGAACCUCCAGCGCGGUCAUCAUCAAGACAGAAGCAAGCUCGUGUUUAUUUUUCGCGAUGGGUGGAAAACGCACUAAAAAUAACACCAAGCCCUCGAGCAGUGGCCGGAGUGCGGAAAUGUUGGGCAGCACCGUUCCGACGCUGUUUGGGUUCACGACGCUGGACAGCAGCAAGAUGCCGGUCGUGCCGAGCUUUGUCCAGAUUGAAACCCACGGCGGCGAGGACAUCGACCCGAACCUGGACGACACGUUUCAGAUCGUGCUGAAGAAGAUGCUCAAAAAGGACCCCACCACGAAGACGAAAGCUCUGCAGGAAUUUACCGAGCUGAUCGGCAAGUCCGAGCUGGACGUCGUCAAAGCGGUCCUCCCGUUCUGGCCCCGGCUGUACGGGAAUCUGUCCACGGACGUGGAGCACCGGGUGCGUGAAACGGCCCAGCAGGCACAGGCGGCGGUCGUCGCGAAGGCAGGCAAAAACAUCGCGCCGUAUCUGAAGCAGCUGGCGCCGGCCUGGAUUUCGGCCCAGUACGACACGUACGCUCCGGCGGCCAGUUUGGCGAGCCAGUCGUUUGGCAGUGCGUUCCCGCCCAGCAAGCUGCGCGAAGUGUUUGUGUUUUGUGAGGCGGAAAUUCUGGAUUAUUACACGAGGAAUUUGACGGUGCACACGGCGAUCACGCUCAGCAAUCCGAAAUCCAACACCCCGGAAGAGUGCGAAAACAAGUACCAGCGCGUGCUGAUCGCCAGCCUGCGCGGGUACGCCCUUUACCUGAGCAAGGUCCCCGAGGAACAGCUGCACAAAUCGGUCGACAAAAACGGGACCCUGCUGGACAAUGGCAAAUUUUGGUCUUACCACAAGCACAAAACUCCGGCCAUUCGGUCCGCGUGGUUCGAGGUCGUGUCGGCGUUGCUUCAGCACGCGCCAUUUCUGGUGGAGAAACACCGGGCCCAGAUCGUGAGCAGUGCGUUUCAGUUUAUGGACGAGACGGAUCCGACGGUGGUGACGCACGUCUGGAGUUCGAUCGUGCUGGUGCAGACGCAGAUUCCGGACUGGAGUGGGCACCUGAACUUUGACAAGGCGGUCUUUCCGAAGCUGUGGAAGGUGCUGAAGAGCGGAGCGAGUGGGAAUGCGGCGUGCGUUUUUCCGCACAUGUUGCCACUGGUUUCGAAGUUUACGCGGGAAGUGCUCGGAGAGCGGACGGACAAAUUCCACACGCUGUUCUUCGAAAGCAUCAACGAGGGGUUGAAGGCGGUUCACUCGAGCCGGACAGACAUUUCGGCCAUCUCGCAGGCGUACUACGAAGUGUUUCAGUACGUCGUAAUUCAAACGGUGAAAGACGGCCAACUGACGGCGGAGCAAAUCAACGAAUUUUGCGAACGAAUGCUCGAGGACCACCUGAUCAAAGUCAUUCAGUGGUGUAUAACGACGGAGACCUCCUCGGGACGGUACAUUUUCGGCAAUAUCGCGACCCUCCUCGACUAUUGGUGUCAGUACAGUGCCAGCAUUAAAAUCUACGAACAACUCUUAGCUAAAUUUUGGAACCGGCUCUUCGAAAUCGUCGAGCAGAGCAUCGCCGUCGCCUCAGACGUCCAACAAAUAACGACCUCCCACGUGGAGCUGAUCCAGAACCUCAAACGCACCUCGCACAAACGCGUCAAGUUCAACAGCGGCUCGGCCGAGCGACACGACGAACCCGACGCCAACUCGCACCACGCGCUUCGCUUCGAAGACCAACUCCACACGCUGGUCUACAAAAUCUGCCGUCUGUACGUCGAGCGCAUCACCCUCACCCGUGACCAGGCGUACGUUCUCAACCUGGAGAACCUCGUGCGGCAGUUCCAGUGCGUCGAACUGUUCCAAUUCCUGACCGGUCAAGCCCAACCCAUCACCUCUCUCUUCGACACCUUUGCCGGCACCUGGCUCGGCGACUCGCGCCUCCAGUCGGAGUACAUCGUCGAGGUGGUGCUCAUUUUGUACAAAUACCUCGCCGAACAGGAGCGUGUUGCCCUUUUGAACCGGUGGAUACAGCUCGCCAACAAAACGGUCCGCUCGUGGUUGAUCCUUCGCGCGCUCAGUCACCCGCUCUGCCAGGACGCCAACAUUACGCAGUUCCUGACGCUGCCGGAGGUUAGCGACAACCUGAUCGAGUGCGCCCGGGCCGUAACGCGCGGGGACACCAAGGAGAACUUGAUUCUGCUGCACAAGUGCUUCCUCAUCUCGGACAGCGGCGACGUGCUGAUCGAUCCCGGAACCUGCCGGCGGAUCGUGGAAACGCUGGCGGCUCCGCUGGGGGAGGACGGGGCGGUUGAGCUGAAGGACACCUGCUCGAGCUUUCUGGCGCAGAUUAUGCCGGUGAUUUGUGGGGACGGCCGCCAGCGGGAACUUCAGCGGGUGAUGUUUGCCCUGCUGUUCAAGUUUAGCGCGGAGAACGGGGUUAGUGAGUACCUUUCGGAGGACACGCUGUGGGAGGUGACGACGGCCUGGCAGGACGCGCUGUCGAGCGAGGAUUUGACGCUGGAUGGGGGGUUGGUUGAGGACUGCACGCGAAUUGUGGACAAGGAAUUGACGGCGUUCUCGGAGGGUUGUUUUGGGGUGGAAGCGUUUGAGAAGCUGGCGGAGAUUUGUGCCAAGUUGGCCAUGUGCUCGACGGAAGCAUUGAAGAGGGACGAAGUGGCGCGUUGUGCACAGAUUGACGUGGUGUUUAGGGCGUUGAUGGAUGUUGGGAGGUUGGAGGUGGGUGGGGCGAGGAGUGUGCUGGAGAAGUUGGCCGUUUACAUUGACUUGAUGAGUGGGGCGAUCAUCACGAAGAGUGCGGAGUACAGCACGAACCUGUCGGCGGAAUCGUUCACGAAGAACGCGAGGCUUGCGAUGGUCCGUGAACUGUUCUGUCUGAUGGUCAUGUACAAGCUGAGUUGUAAUCCGAAGAAGCGGCCGUCGGCUAGGGAGGACGACGAGAGCCGGAUGGAUCACGACGGGGAAGACGAGGACGAUGGCUACGGGGAGGACGACGAAAACUUCCUUCACUGCUGGUCGGAAUUGAUGUACGAACGGGUCUUGUCUGUGCUGUACACGAUCGCGAUCGGUGAUACGAUGCUCUACAGCACUAACGAUUUGGACGAAACAGUCGAAACGCUGAUCCUGGCUCUGCAGGAGAAGACGUCAUCGAUGAUGAAGCUUCUACCAGUAUCGAUUUUGGACAAGAUCAAGGAACGCCUAUUCCGCCUAGCCAACGAUCACGGACUACUCUGGGCAAAGGCGCUCACGGCUCUCCUCCAAACCAAGCAAUACUCGGACCCGGAAGCUGGCGCCGUUCUGCUCUACGAGGACGCCUCGACGGUGGUCAACAGCGAUGAGUUGAUCAGCUACAUCAAUAUCCUGCAGAUCCUGUCCCGCAAGAUGGCACCAAAGUGCCUUCCGAUUCGACCAAAUCUGUUCGAGAACUACUUUGACAUUCUGGUGAAGCUGGCGGACACGCGCAGUCUGAUUGGGAAUCACUUCUCGUCCAGCUUUAACGAGAUCGGCGACAAGAAGAUCAUCGGCAACACGUUGAUUGUGCUGCACGAGAUCAUCAGCAAGCAGAACGCCAGCAAGUGUUUGCUGUACAACUGUGAUCUUUCGGCGGUUGAGACUGGCCGCCUCUACCUGGACACGGAGCUGGCGAACGUGCUGGCGGACGUGAUGCGCCACUUCCCGACCGAGCUGGACCUCGCCAAGUGGGACUUUGUGCGGAUCGCGCUCAGCUCGUGGACGUUGACCGUGUCCAAGAACCACCAGAACUUCCGCGCGAACAAUAUCUCCAUCUUUGUUGCGUCAAUCUACCGGCUGUUCAGCGCGGUGACAAAGUUCUUCACGGACGAAAAGAUCAAAAGCUCAACGGAGAUGCUCACGAACGUGAUCGAAGAGUGGGACAACGUGUUCGCCAAGGAUGUCAACUUGGUUCUGCUGAAGGCGUACAUCAACAUCGUUAAGGAUAUUGACCGCUCGCAAAAAUCGGACGAGUACUUCCUGGACGCAAUCAGUCCUCACAUCGAUUCCAUCGACAUGAACUACGUUCUCAAGGCCAACAAGGUCGACUCCAAGACGUCCCUCGACGAUCUGAUCACGUUUGCGCUCGCCAACGUCAACCACUGGAACGCCGCCGUUCGCGUGUCCGCAGCCGUCAUCAUCCACAAGCUGUCGGCCGGACUGAUCCAGCGUGACCUGGAGCAGCUGCUGCGGCGGCACGAGCAGGCCGAGCAGCAGCAAAAGAGCUCCGAGGAGCUGGACGACACGUGGCACCUGCUGCACCGGUUCAAGGCCAAGCUGGACGAGUUCCAGACACCGUUCGGGGACUUUGUGGGCGAUUUCAACUACAAAAUCGCCGACUCGACGGCCGACGCGCCCGAUGGGGCGGAGCGGAAGGUGCUGGGCCGCGACCGGACGCUGGCCUAUCUGCUGCUGUGGGAUUGCAUACUGGGAAUCUGUGCCAAAUCACCGUCGGAGCUGCGAUCGAUUUACGCGUCGUGGAUCACGAGGAACCACUACGAGCAGAUUUUGUUGCCAGCCUUGUUCAAGUUGAUGCCCCCGGAAAUAUUGAAGAAUCCGGAUUCCGGGGCAAUUUACGGGCCGACUUUGUUUGCCAGCCUGGAAUUGAGCCAAAUCAAAAGUCCCACGUUGAAGCCCGAGCGGUACGCGUGUCAUCUGUACACCCAAUCGCUGCGCUUCCUGCCGGCCGUGGUCCGGAGGUGGUGGAACGGGCUUAACCACCGGCACGCGGCCAUCGUCGGCAAGGUCACCAGCAACUGCGUGUCCGGCCUGCUGUGCCAUGACGAGUUCCAGUCGCUGGUCGACAAGAAGGACCGCCAGGACAACAUGCAGAUCAAGGUGCACGCGGCCGCCCGACAGGUCACCGCCGUGUACGCGAUCGACGAGGCCAAGAUCGAGCUGCACAUCACGUUGCCGAACAACUUUCCGCUUGGGGCGGUUACCGUCGAGGAUGGGAAGCAAAUCGGUGGACGGUUGCAGUCGCGGCAGGUCGUCAUGCAGCUGUCGAUCUUCUUGACGCAUCAGAACGGCUCCAUCUGGGACGGGCUCUCGCUGUGGAAGCGCAACCUGGACCGCAAGUUCGAGGGCGUCGAGGAGUGCUACGUGUGCUACAGCGUCAUCCACCAGGACACCUGCCAGCUGCCGAAGCUGUCGUGCAAAACGUGCAAGAAGAAGUUCCACGGCCCGUGUCUGUACCGGUGGUUCAGCACGAGCAACAAGUCGACCUGUCCGAUUUGUAGAAAUAUUUUCUAAUGUAAGGUAUGUAGUGUUUUUCCCCCCUCUUCUCUCCACUCUUUCUCCAUGCGAGGCAUCGUUCCAAACCAAGUUGCAAGCUCUGAACACAACGCAAAACUUAACGAAAACUUUGUAGACCCGUUGGUUUUUUCUAGUAGAGUUUCAAAUUAAAGAUCUUGCGCAAGAUGUAGUUGCUCGGCAGAAGCUGUGGA